UUUUAUUUAUAAUAUCUCAUAACAACUGAGCCGAAUGCAUCAUCAAUUUCACCUAGAGAUUUGAGUAAAUUUGAUUUUUAUUGUGUUAUAAUAAGAUCAGAUAGUCUUUUGAUAAUUUCAGUAUUUUUUUUUUAAUCUACUGGUGCUUACAGGGUGAGUAGUGCUCAUUAAUUUUCUAUAGGCAGCAUGGCAAAUGCAGGAGGAUGCUUGUUUCGCAUUGGAUAUUAUUUGUACACAAGGACGAGAGUUGGCUACUACUAUCAUCAGAAGGAUAUCAAGAAAGCAAGAGAAAAGUUAGGCGACACUGGGCACUCUGAUAUGAAAGAUUUUGUGGUUGGAAAUUUGAACAUCUUGCCAAUACCUAUGUUAUUGGACAACUAUGCCUAUCUAGUGUCUGACAAGAAGUCCAACAAGUCUGUUCUGGUAGAUCCUGGUCAUGCUGAGGCGGUGCAGAAAGUUCUUGCUCAGAGAAAUGUUGAACCAGAGGCUAUCCUUGUGACCCAUAAGCAUUGGGAUCACAGUGGUGGGAACAAGGAGCUGAAAGAACAAUUUCCUAACAUUCCCAUAUAUGGAGGUUCAAUAGACAAUGUUCCAGAUAGCACAAAUUCCCUCACAGAAGGAGACACUCUUCAGUUUGGAGAUUUAAAUUUUCGUGUUGUGUUCACUCCUGGCCACACUGUGGGUCACAUUGUGUACUUAUUGGAUGGAAGCGUCUUUGGCACAGAUGACUGCUUAUUCUCAGGGGAUUGUCUCUUCUUGGGUGGAGUAGGGAGGAUGUUUGAAGCCCCUCCUUCCACAAUGCUGAGUUCACUAGACAAGCUCCUGACUUUACCCCCAAGUACAAUGCUGUGGCCAGGUCAUGAGUAUGCUAAAGAUAAUUUAGAAUUUGCUGCCCAUUUGGAACCUGAUAAUGAUGAAACUCAGAGAAAGUUAGAAUGGGUGAAGGAGAUGAGGGAGAACAAUGCAAGCACAUGUCCAUCCACGCUUGGAGAAGAAAGGCUUUACAAUCCGUUCCUACGUACGUCUGAAAUGUCGGUGCUGAGAGGUGUAGGGAUGAUGGACAGUGGGGAUUCUACCAAGCCGUCUGAAGAAACGCGUGCAAGAGCGUUGGGUCUUAUUCGAGAACAUAAAGACAAAUUUAAGUAUAAGUUAUAGAAUCUGCUGUAAGGGUUUGUUUUCUUUUUUUUUUCUUCAGUAUGAACAGAAAAGUUAUAUGUAUGCCUUUAUUUGAGUUUACAACAUUGCAUUGAUCCUUACAGGAAAAACGUGCCAUUUCGAGGAUACUGUGUUGAUUUGGGCUUUUGUUGAAAAGGAGAGAAAUGAAGACCAUGUUUUAUUGUUUUAUUGUUUUUUAACACAGCUACUUUUUUAUAUUUGUGACAACUGGGCAUUGAUGAUGUUUGAUGAGUUUUGUCUUUAGUACGAAAUUAUAUGAGUUUUCUUAUUUGCCGCAUUGAGUUUAAAGUUUUCAGAAUGCUUUUGUUUUGCAAUGUGGAUUGCUGUGUUAACUCUCUCUUCAUUUGGAUCACUGAAUAACCACCUAAUGGCGAUACUGUAAGAUGCAAUAUGAGUAGAGACUAAUGGACUUUAGGUUUUUUUCUGUCAAUGUUACAGACUUGCUCUGUUUGGAAAUAUUAAGUAUGUCAUUUUUAUUGCGGAGUGUUUGGAAAUAUUAGUAGGCCCCUAUGUCAUUUUUAUUGAGGAGUGUUUAAACAAUGAACGGAAACAGGAAAGAGGUGGAGGAGACUUCUAAUGCCUUUGCAUUCCUGACAACUUACUCAGUUCAUUAAGAAAUUAUUACUUAUGUAUUGGAUUUAACAUGGAGUGUUUUUGAUCAAAUCAUGGGAACUUAUUUCUACCCAUAGCAUUACCAUUCUAAUACUCAGGGGAGAUAAUAUUUCCUUUAAUUUCCCAGUCGCAAAAUGUCUGAUGGAGAAAAGAAAUUUUCUGUGCCUGUGGCUAGUAAGUGAAUUUUAGAGAAAGAUAUAAUUUUUAACUGUGUUUUACAUGGGGGAAAAUGAGUUGAUACAUGAUAUUUUCUAUGUAAUUUAUUUUUGUGGCAUACUGCUGUUCUCUGUUCUCAUACAGUAAAGAAAAUUUUGUGCUGCACAGAUUAUGCUGGUGAUAGACAUUAACUAAUUUUAUUCUAAAGCCUUUGUUGUUUUUAUUUUUUCCCUGAUUUGGUGCGGACUGAGAGUCUGAAAAAUCCUUCAUAUUCUGACUUUCACCUUUCUUUGUGCUUAUUUGAAUACUGGUUUUGUGUCUUUUUUUUAUUGCAUGAAAGAUGGAGAGAGAAUGGUCUGUGUCUUUGUUGUACUUUGUGCUGCAAAAUGUGUGGCUAGUCCACUCUCUGCACUGUAAGGACAGUUUUCUACAUGUCCAUUUUAUUUUGAUUAAAAUAAUCAUGCAAACCUGCAAUGCCUUGUUACUGUUUCAGGGAUCCACACUAAUUUUUUAAAUUUGUUAAUUUGUAAUAUACACAUGUAGCCAAAAUAGCAUCCCCAGAGACACAUGGGAGAUUGGAAGCAUUGCUAUAAAGUCUUAUUCCAUGUCCAGUACUUGUGUUAUUACUGUCCGGCCCCUUGCAUUAAAAAAAAACUUUUAUGUUCUCUCCAACUCAAAGAUAUACAUGCAAAAGUUGGAGACCCGUUCUUGCUCAAAUUUUGCUGUGAAGUUGGUUUUUCACAAUGUCAAAUGUGUGGUUUAGUUUCCCCUUUGUUUAUGGUCUUUGACUUUUACUGUGUGAUGGCCCGAGGGUACAGAAUUUAUGCACUGUAUAUUUACACUCUUUCUGUCAGUUGUGUUUUUGUAAUGUUUUACCCUGAACCUGAGAUGACUGCUUGGUAAAUCCAGCUUCCUCCAGGGUUAGGUGUAUGGAAUGCCAUCUUUGCAAACAACAAUGCAGGCAGGAACCUGGAACUGGACAAAAUACUUUAGCAUGAGCAUGAGAGACAGCUAUAUAUAUCUGAGGGUUAAUAGGCCGGCUCUGACUGUGCUUUGCCAUAAAGAGUGCCUCGAGAGAUCUGUAUGUAUACUUUGAUUGCAUUCGUUUUGUUUUCUUUGCAGUGAAUUUCUUUGUCUUGAAAUAAAUGAAGUGAUGAGAAGAAUAUCAUUGGCCCACUGGUGAGAUGUACUGAGUCCAAAGUAAAAAUAAAGAAUUUUAUUGCUACUUCUAAAGCUGUGAUACUGGUUGAUAUAUAUAUAUUAUAUUAAUGAAAUAUUAUUCUUUGGUUGAAAUUACAAUUUUAAGUUGAAAAAAAGAAGUGAGAAAAGAUACACAUUAAUGUAGGUACAAUUUGUAAAGGAAUUGGAGUAGUUUUGUUUUCCUCUCUUGAAAAAAUGUUGCCUUCUGGGCUUAGAUGUUAAAACAGUUGAACAGCUUAUUAUCGAUAUUUGUCAUAACAAAGAAAAAAAGUAAGAGCAGCUUUAUUAGAAUCACCUAUUUUUUAGCUGUUCUUUUGAUCUUCAUGUUGAGUCUGCCACUAUAGCGUUCAGUGUUAUCACAUGAUUUACUUUACUUUUUGUAAGAAGAGCUAUUCCCAAAUGUAUUAAACGAGUAAAGGCAUCAGCUUAAACUUAGGUUUAACGUGCUCUGUUCUCUUGCCAAAUUUUCCAGUUCCAUUUCUGUUUACAAAGUUGUUCAAAUUCUUAAAAUGUAGGACUACCUCUGAGCUCAUUUUGGAAUGUUUUUAUGUGCUUUUUUAUUUAUACUUUCAUCUCUUGUGAGUUCCUCAAACAUAGUCAUAACUUUUAAGUUGAAGUUUUAGACCAAGGCUGUUGAAGGAUUAUAUAACCAGCAGGUCAGAGACUACCAGACUUGUACUUUAUUCCUUGUGGUUACUGUCCUUGCCACAAACUUUUUAUAUCUUCUGACUCCACAACUGCCUGUUUACUCCUUAAAUCUCUUUCAACUAAGGUAUUUAGAACUUUACUUAACCCUAUCUGUACACUCUGGGGUCAUUUUUUGUACCCCUGGGGUUGUAUUCUUCACAUUUUAGAAUACUUUUAGCGUGAAGAUCUCUUUGAAACAUUCAGUAUUUCUCAAAAAAUCAUUUUGACAGACUGCUAGCUCUGCAAAGCGUACGGAUCGGCUUAAUGAGUAAGUUUCCUCUUUGGAAAGUGGUGGCACAGAGUUCUCCACGUCGUAUGAAUACGAUAGUGGAUAGGGUUAAGCAGUCGAUAUACAGAGGGUUGAUUUAUUAGCCUCCAUUCCAUGAAUCUGUGAGCUUGAACUUUCUACAGCUUAUUUUUAUCAGGGAACAGAACCAUAUAUAAUAUAGUUAUAUAGCCUUUUCUCAACAAGGUAAUAGAGGGAGGGGUUCAAAAUUGUCUGUUCCCAAGGCAUCUCGUAUAUUACUUUACCACUUACAGUUACAGAUUUAUAGUAUCUUUGUGUAUGACAUAAGUGUACUACAUUUUUUCCUUUAUUCCAUCCAGUAUUUUGGGAAGUAGAUGUUUCACGUACGUAGUCACCACAAACGAUAUGGUGUGAAAAAUUCGGGGUUGAGCGCUAUAUAAAUGUCAUUUAUUAUUAUUAUUAAAAAUGUUAUUCAGUUCUAUUUCAGUGAAAGUUUCAUGUACAUAUUUCAUUUGUUUAAUAAAAACAAACAAAUAUCA